GCAACAACAAAUCUGAUUUGAUACCGGAGUCUAUCACAGACAUCACAGUUCGUUGUAUCGUUGGAUCAUUAAUGGACGUGUAUAAGUAGAGAAUUUGACCGCUUGCAGAGAAAAAUAAAAGAGUCCCUUUCUUCUCGUGCGUAUUCCUUAUCACACGGUGUGUAGCGUAACAUUAUAAGUCAGUUUACUUAGGCUCGUCUUAUCUGCGAGAUAAGGUAUCAUUGGUAUUUAAACGGUCCAAAUAAAUUGCGGUACCUUUCCUGUCAGGAGCACCAGAGGCAGUGCGAGAGAAUCAGAAUGGCAUCAACGCAUGCAAUUUCUGCUUCGCGAAUGAAGGAGCUUGUAAAUCUGUACAAGACCGCAGCUGGGUACCCGUUCUUGAAAAGUAUGAGAGUCGUGGGUACCGAAGCUGAUCGGGUUUUCAUCCAAGGAUGGUGGUCUCAGCGAAACUUGGAAAUGAAGACUGAGCGACGCUUCUUAACAAAUUAUUACUUAAAUUCCGAUUUAACUCUAGUCUCCACCGAAUUUCCAGUUGACUGUACUACAGAACUCAUGUCAUCCCUGACACAUGACAAGAGGCGUCAAGCGGUGUUGCGACAAGUUAAGGAAGACACUUCCACGAAACAGUUUAUAGAAAUCUGGGAGCAAAGCCGCAUCGUGAAAAAUUAUGAUCUGGCCGCCUUAAAUGUCCACGGCGAUGUCUACACAGAUGUUGAAUUCCGUUCGUUUGAGUGGUCACCGGACAAUACAAAGCUUCUCUAUAUAGCAGAGAAGAAGCAGCCCAAGUCCGAGCCAUUUUACAAGCAGAAGUCGUUGGAUGAGAAAAACAGCAAGCAGGACGACGAAGCGUCAGUGGGUAAUGAAUACAUCUAUAAGCCACAUUGGGGAGAGCAAUACGUAGGUAAACACCGACCUGUUGUCGCGAUUCUGGACACGACGACAGACAGCAUUACAAUCUUGUCUGGAAUACCGGAUGAGCUCUCUCCCGGUCAAGUACUCUGGACGAAGGGCCAGGAUGUAAUUGGCGUCGCUUGGAGACACGAGCCACGUCAUUUGGGUCUCGUUGCGUGCACCAAUAGACAUUCCUGGAUAUUCUUGUGGAAGAAUGGAGAAUAUCGAAAGUUAUCUCCUGAUGGGCAUGCUGUACACAGUCCCAGACUCAGUCCCGAUGGAAGUUAUCUCGUCUGGUUGCAGCGAGAGGCUGGUGUAGUGCCGCAUCACAAUGCACAUGCACUUGUAAUGCGAGAUUUAAGACUGGCGGAAGAUCACAUACAUGAAAUCGUGGAAGUAGUACGAACGAGCAAAGAAAUUAACAAUGGCAGACAGUUUUAUGGCAUAUACGGUCGCCUGCCUAAUCGUUGCUGGACCGAAGAUUCUCAGUACUUAAUUUUCAGCACACCGCAAAAGAUGAACAUAGUCUCGUAUAUCGUGAAUCUAAAAACAAAAGCUAUUACUGAAAUAAAUAACGAUAGAACCAGCCUUAUGGUAGGAGACGUGAAAGACAAUAUAAUUUUGUUCCUGCACACGUCUGUGAACCGUCCAACCGGACUAAUAGUGGGUCGUUUCGGGAGUAAAGCAGUGGAAGAUGGCAAUGUCUACCUGACUUCACUUACUCCACUAGAAUUCCAAGUUUUCAAAGAUAUAAAAUUGGAACCCAGUGACUACAGCUACGACAACGAUGAGGAGAUAAAUCAAUUCAACUAUAUUUACGUGGGUCCAGAUAGCGGCGAGGACAAAUCGGUACCUAUGAUACUCAUACCGCACGGGGGUCCUCACAGCAACUUCGCAAAUACAUUCUCGCUGGAUUCCAUGUUCUUCGCUCUGGCAGGUUUCGCGAUAGUGUUGGUGAAUUAUCGCGGUUCAACAGGCAUGGGCAGCGCGACCGUGGAAUACCUUCAGGGAAGAGUCGGAGACGUAGAUGUGAGGGAUUGCAUAACGGCUACGCAGGAAGCGCUCAAGAAGUAUCCGUGGCUCGACCCCGACCGGGUUGGCCUUUGCGGUGGCUCUCACGGCGGAUUCCUGGUGGCGCAUCUCAGCGCACAAGCUCCAGACAUGUUCAAAGCGGUAGUCGCAAGAAAUCCGGUAAUUGACAUCUCCAUCAUGGUUGGCACGUCGGACAUCCCAGAUUGUCGCAAUGCUCUGACUAAGGAAGAGAUAAUAACGUAUCUUCGUAAGGUGUGCGCCGUGGAGGCGGGUUGCCCGUACGACAUCAUUGCCGGCCCUCAGCCUGAUAAUAUGGACAUAUACGUAAAAAUGAAGAAAUGCUCGCCGAUCGUGCACGUCGACAGAGUCAAGGCACCAACCUUGAUCUGCCUUGGAACGAAAGAUCUGCGAGUACCGCCUAGUCAAGGAGCGAUGUGGUACCAUCGACUGAAAGCCAACAGUGUGAAGACAAAAAUGCUCGUUUACGAGGAUAAUCAUCAAUUGGGAAGUGGACCAGUCGAGAUCGAUAAUCUCAUCAACGACUGCCUGUGGUUGCUCGAGCACACGUCCACGCGCAAAGCAUCCGGAGAAAAGGAGUAAACGUAAUCAAUCCAAGUUCAACAGCUGAUAUCGUAUAUAUAGGUAUAUAUACGUGUAUGUAUAUAUACAUAUAUGUGUAAUAUACACACAUACAUGAAUAUAUACAUACGUAUAUAUAUAUAGAUCUUUUUAUUAUCACAAAUGGAUAUUUACAUAUUGUUAAUACAUACAUUUUAUAAAAGAGACUCGUGUAACAUUCAAUCUCCAAAAUAUACUCACACACGUCUAUAGGAUUUGUAUAUUGUUAUAAAAUUUGUUACAGUUCAUGUAUAUACGUAUAAAAAAGUUGUUAUAAAUACGUAUCGCGCGCGCAUGUAUUUAAAUACGACGGUUCAUCGGGGGGGGUACGCCUACGCGUAACUACGUAGUAAAUUCACAUGACACUCGCCUUGCGAAUGUACAUGAACACAAUAAAUCGUACCGGACACC